GAGAGUUUCACGUUGCUCCUUCAUAAGUGCAACGAGGACCAGCACGUCCCCUAUCACCGCACUGCAAUCGCAUCUAUACCACGCUCGUGAUAACUAAUUCCUUUCUUGCAGGUGACGCCAAGCACCAGGCCAUGUUUGUCGACGUGGGCGAAUCGGUGUCCGUGGAGCAGCUCUUCGACAACAUCAGGAGUGCGUUCUCCGAGCCGCUGAGCAUAGUCGUCCACUGUGCCGGCAUACUGCGCACGGCACCACUCUGCGAGUGCACGGAUGAGCUCUUUGAUGACGUCAUCAGGGUGAAUUUGAGGGGUACAUUCCUGGUGAAUCGUGCAGCUGGCCGUGAGAUGCGCCGAGCUGGGACGCCACUUGCGCAAGGGGGAGCAGCCAUCGUGAACAUAUCCAGCGUUGCGGCGAAGUGCUGCCCUGAGUCAUCAGCCGCGUACGCCGCCGCGAAGGCCGGCGUCGUUGCACUGACCAAGACUGCGGCGUCGGAACUUGCGGGGCACGGAAUCCGCAGCAACGCAGUGCUGCCUGGAUGGGUGGAGACUCCUCUCAUGGCUCACGCUGACGCAGCCCGCAAGGCUAAAGCCCUAUCGAGCACACCGCUCGGGAGGACCGCCCAGCCAUGCGAGAUAGCCGAAGCCAUCAAGUUCCUCUGCUCGCCGGCUGUGAGCUCCUUCAUCACGGGAGCUACUCUUGAGGUCACCGGAGGAUUCUACAUGUGAAUUGUUUUUCUGUCAUUUAUUAAUCAACAAAGCCAUCCGAUGAUAUAAUAAAAAAAAUCAGGUUUGGGGCAUAUAUAUGACGU